GGUGUCUUUCGGCAGCAAAAGUUCCGUCAUAGAAACAUGGAUCAUCGAUGACGCCGAAGUGACGCGCAGAAAGUGCGGUGACGUCAGAGAGAUCGGCGGUGAUUUCUAUGACGACACUAUGACAUCAUCGACCGACGCCAUGGUGGCCAACAACAAACCAGCCAAUCACAAGAUUCCCAACAGACACGUGACCAUUGGUGACUCGACCUACGUCAUCAUGACUCCGGACAACACCCCCGAGAGCCCAGACGUCGAUGACAGUUUUGCCAUCAGCCGCACGGUGGCGCCCCCACCUAGCAGCAGUGUUACCGUCUGCUACCCAACUUCCGGUCGUCUGGGAGGCCCCCACCACGGGGAGACCCCAGAGGCCCCGACGACCCGACCCCUCAGGUCACCCCCUGCACGGAGCGGGUCCCCCAAGGAGGAGUAUUACAACGUUCUACAGCCAGAGCCUAAGGACCAAACCUUGGAGGCCGGUGACGUAACGGAAGGUUUCGAACCCCUGCCCCACGAGUCAUGCUAUGAUUUCUCGUCGUCUGACCACGCGAGGUACGUGGUGGACAGCUCUACCGGCUGGCCACUCAAGCGCUCACAAAGCCUAGAGAGCCGAGACAACCCGUUCCUGCCCGGGGGUGACCUGUCCAGAGAGGCGGAGGACCUGCUCCGUCGGGCCACCAUCAUCCGCGACCACUUCUACCUGAACGAGGACGAGAAGCGGACUCUACGCGAGCAGCAGCAGCAACAACAGCAACAACAACAACAGCAGAAACAGCAGCGCGGCACCAAGCACGUGCAGAUCGUCGAGCACCAGGACGACAGCGACGCCCCACCCCAGGGGGCGCUCGAGGAAAGAAUCUCCCCGCUCAGUGCAAGCAACGCCCUGGCCGCGGCGCCCUCUAACGGCGGAGACCACCCCCAACCAAAGGAGAACGGUAAGGCUGGUGACCCGGCCUCUGUAGACUGUGUAAAAAUUGCUAUUCCAGCGGGAGACGGUCAGUCGUUAGCCCAGACCAGCCCGGGGCUCGCGCAGAGCCCUGGGGUGGGGGACUUACAGGUGCAUGAUUCGGACAAAAAAAGGAGAAAUAAAUGCUGCACUGUUAUGUAGGGUACCUGGUACCUCUGCUACGUCGCAAUACCAGAUGAGCACUAAGUAAAGCAGGAUACCAAUGUUCUUUAGAUAUGGAUUUCUAGAAUUUAUGAUAUAAUAUUGAUGAGAUUGUAAUUUAUUCGUUAUUUUAUUGAUUAUGAAAACGUGAGUUUGGGGUGGUACUCGGAGAGGAGCUGUACAUGUGGGGGUCGGGCUGACAUCCAGGUGUGCCGCACACCUGCUGUUACCUGUAUAGGCCAGGUGAACUUCUUUGAUUAGGUAACUCUAGAAGGCCAGGCGGAUGGAACGGUUCCAGGCUGCAGCUUCACUUGCUGGGGAUCUUCAGUAGAGGUCACUGCUGCAUAACGGCGUCACGACACUCUUGACCCUGGCGUCACGUCACUCUUGACCCUGGCGUCACGUCACUGCUUGACCCUGGCGUCACGUCACUCUUGACCCUGGCGUCACGUCACUCUUGACCCUGGCGUCACGUCACUGCUUGACCCUGGCGUCACGACACUCUUGACCCUGGCGUCACGUCACUGCUUGACCCUGGCGUCACGACACUGCUUGACCCUGGCGUCACGACACUACUUGACCCUGGCGUCACGUCACUACUUGACCCUGGCGUCACGUCACUACUUGACCCUGGCGUCAACAGCCAAGUGUAGGCUGCAUUCUGUUUCAUCGUCAGCUUGCCAGAAGUUAUGCCCCACAAUACUUUCUGUUUGGUGGACGUCCCAGCCCCUCAGCUUUAAGUUUACACAGAAUCUUCUGGAAACCACAAACCUGCAUGGAUGGGGCGGCUAUUAGGUUGGCGUCAAGAUAAUCAAUUCUCUCACCUGAUUAAAAAAGGUGUGUAAACUCUUGGUGUCUAGAUCACCGUGUGUACCCACGGGGGAUGGACUGUGUACGUGCUUCAUUCAGUCUGUGCAUUAUCUCAUGUAUAGUUUGCUUCAGCCGCAUUUGGUUCCAGGAUUUCCCUGCGCUUGCCUUACACUACGUUAGGGAUGACGUCAUCAGGACUUGUGUACACACAAUCGGGGACAUAAAAGCUAGUUUGUUUUCUGCCGCCAACUGUCCUGAUUUCCAUCUGUGUUUAUUUUGGUUGCUUAUCCAAACGUGCUCUGCUGCAUAUUAUUUGCUAGCAAUGUUAUUUUUUCAUUCUAGAAAUGGCUUUUAAACUGUAUGGAAAGCAAGGAGUGAUUAGCACCAAGUUAUUUUUAAUGCAGCUACAUUAUAGGUAAAAAUUUUCCGUUGAAAGCAUACUUGUCCUAUAGCCAGAUCAUUUUUGCCAUUUAAUGUCGAAUUCCUUUUAGUGGGUGCCAAAUUGUAAGGAGCUAACAAUAGUGACAAAAAGCCCAGUCAGAUCAAAGCAAAAAUCUCACAAUAAAUAGAAAACAACAAUGAAGAAAGUUAUCGUGUGUGUAUCGAUAGUUUGGUUUAGUUUUGUAAAAAAAAAAUAAUUUGUGAUUCAGGUCAGCAGAACUCAGUGGAUUGCCAACAACAGAAAUUCUUCACAAAAUGGACACUUUCUGUCACCAGCUGGACUAAGGGAAAUAACUUAUGUUUUGUUUCAUUUGAGAAUUUCUUACUUUCGAGAAAUAGUUGUUCCCCCUAGUAUUUAACUUUGGAAAAAUCAUUUCUGCAACUUAUGUAAUUUCUUACAAAUACCAUUUUUACAUUACAAAAUACGUCCAAUUAAAAAAAAUUGCAGUUUUAGUUCCCCAUCUUUAACACAAGAUUAAAUUAAUUAUAUAAUUUUGGGACAUUUCGUAAUGAAUUGUAAGAUCACAGAUUCUUCCUGUUUCGCUAGCUUUCGUCAUCAGUACAGCAGUGCAAGGUGUAUAUUUUGGCCAACUACUCAUUUGUACUCAUUUCGACCUGUGUUCAGCCCAUGACUACACUAACCCAAGGGAGUUACACUCUUCAUCAACACACCAUCAACACUCUUCAUCAACACAUCAUCAACACACCAUCAACACACCAUCAACACACCAUCAACACACCAUCAACACACCACCCAAAAUGGAGUUGUACAUUUAAUUACAUCCAAGUUUUCCACACUCUGCCAUAGGAUAUCUCAACAUGCCUUUUUUUCAACACGACAAUCUGUGUUUGACUUCUGGGGGUUCUAUGUUUUCAGCUUCUACAUCAAUAUUUCUUGAAAGACGUUUUUGUAACAGUUCUUCGUUGUGUUAUGCAUACCUUAUUGCCAGUAUUUUAUAAUGCCAUAAUGUCCUGUUAACUACUUAUGAUUAAAAUAGCUCAUCAAUAAGAGUAUUAUAGAUUGCUUGUAUUUCUUAUUUUAACUGUUAAAAUUCAAGUUUAUUUACCUACUCUCAUCAGUUUUCUACAAGUUUUUAGCUCAAUGGAGAACACAUUUUAUAAGUAAAUCUAUAAAGUAUUUUAUUUUGCUUCAAACUUUUUUCCACAUUUUUUUCAUGUCCUCGGCUGUGAAUAAAACAUUUCUGUGUUACUUAGUUUUAUUUAUGUGAUAAUUUUGUCUUAAAUAGAACAGAGAACUAACAGAGGUGUAAAUAAAGAUUUUUUUUUUGGAUAAGUAUUUUGUGCAGGCCUGAUUUUAUAGAGUUGGUCUAUUCUUAACAAGGAGCAAAUAAAAAAAUAAUUUGGUAAGUUUUCAAAUACUUACAUCAUGCUGUGCAGCUUACAUCAUGCUGCGUAGCUUACAUCAUGCUGCAUAGCUUACAUCAUGCUGCAUAGCUUACAUCAUGUGGAGUGCAGGUAUCACCGUACAGUUCAUUAAAUAGUUUGAAAUCCAAAGCUUUUUACAACUCAGUGUAUGCUAGCUGCCUCUAAGAUGUCCAUGAUCUAAUAUAGUCAUGACUAUAAAUAUCACUUACAUAGACUAUUGAACUAUUUUAUAUGGCGUAUACUGUGGUGAAACCUUAAAUGAUUCCCCCAAGCGUUUUAUUAACAUUUACUAAACACAGAAUGUGUUUAUUACAAAUACAUCAUGUGAUUUCUAAAACAAUACUUGGUUACAAAAAUAUUUUGUAUUUAUAUAAUUAGAGAUAUGCUGACAAUUGAAAAAAAUAUGCAUUUUAUUACAGUUAAAAAAAUGUGGUAUUUAUAUUUUAAUCCCAUUUUAAUCAGUUGUUUUAUUUAUUUUUUAUGGAGUAGAAAAUAUAGAGGAGUCCACAAGUUUUUUAGUAGUCCUGUUGGGGGUGGGGUAAUGGCAUUAAAGCUUUUUAAAUUUUGUGCAUGUUGUGAAUGCUAGUACAGUGUACAUAUGUGAGCCACUGACUUAUACAAGGAAUGAGAAAUUUGUUCACUAUCUUUAUAAAUAGUAUUGUUUUUGUUCUUAAUUUUUUAUGGUACAUAAUUAUGUCCUGAACAAGUUUUUCCCUUAUUUUUUGUUUACUUCUGUAUCUGAAGAGCUCUUGGCUAGAGGUAGAGAUUAUUUCCCUUCGUAUCACAGUCUUUGGAUGUGUGACAGUUUGUCAUGUGUUCAUAGAUGCCAUCCUUGUCAUAUGCCACCAGCACAACCCUCUUUUGCUUCAUGUCCUAUCUAGAGUGGCAUUAGAUUAGCUCUUUUAACAUUCAAACAUUUUUUUCUAAACUUUAACACUCUUAUAAAAAUUGUGUACGUUUUUCACAAAUUUUUAAAAUACCAAAUGAGCUUUUUCAAUGCCAAAAAGAAAAAAAAAAAUGCUAUAAGCAACACCAAUGUUGCUCUAAGCUUUGAUUUCCUUAUUAAACUUAAAUGAUGGAAAGCUUUUUUUUUUAAUUAAUAAACCACUGAAAAAAUACUUUGUUUCUAGUCUUUUUUUUAAUAAUCAAAUUUUCGCAGCAUUAGCGGCAGAAACUUAAAAUCAUACAGGGUCUUUUUUUUUUAUUCAUUAUUUAAUGAGAUGGGUGUUGCUUUUAUACAGUUGCAAUCCAUCUAACAUCAAUGUAACCACUUGAAUAGAUAUGUGCUUACUUUGGCUUCAAGGUGUACUUUAGACUUUCCUCAAUCAUGAACAAUAAUAUUAAGCAGAUGGUCAUUAAAAAGAUUUCUUCUUUUGAUUAAUUUUUAAAUGUUUUUGUGUUGUUGUUUGUUUGUUUGUUUUUCAAAAAAUAAACAAAUGCAUGUUCAUAUUUAAUAUUUGAAAGUGAAUAAUUAAAUUUAAUCCAAAGUCACCAUCUAGUUGAUUGCUUGACUAGUCUAAUUAAUUAUCACAAGUCUUUUUUUGUGUCAGCCUGCUCCCUCAUUGCAAGUUUUGUUUAAGGCACAUUCUGUUUCAUAACUGACACUGUCAUUGACAGCUUUAGAUUUAUAUUACAGUUUUCUCUGCUUAGAAACGUGUUGUUUAAUAUUUACUACACGCAAUCAAAUAAAACGCUGAAUUAAAAUUAAGGGAGGUAACUAUUCAAAUAGCAUGUUAUUGAACAAAUUACAGAGUUGUCUACCAUAUGACACUUGUUUACAAAUUAGUUUUUGACCUACUUCAUUGCUUCGUGUGGUUCGACCAUAACUUUGGACAAAACAUUUUCCUGAGAAAAUAUUGAUUUUUGUCAUUAAAUGUGCUUGAUAUAUUGA